AUGUUACUUUUUUUGAUUUCUUUUUUACUUGAUAGUUUUUGUUUACUUAGCAUUAAAGAUAUUAGUGUUGGACAACUUUAUAGUUGUAACCUAUUUUUAGGUGGGAUUUGUUUUUUUUGCUUAUUUUGGGUUUGCUUACUUAUUGAUGGAUUACGUAUUCCAUUUGAUUAUAUGGAAUGUGAAAGUGAAUUAGUUGCUGGGCUCAUUACAGAAUUAUCAGGUGUAUUUUUUGUUAUCUACUCUAUAUUAGAAACUAGUCAUUUACUACUUUGCACACUACUCUUAUCUUGCUUUUGCUUUGGUGGUUUGUUUAUAUGCUUUAAGUCUUUAGUGCUUCUUAUUAUUUGCUUUUUUAUACCACGGGUUAUUGGAUUUAGACUUAAAAUCACUACUGCACAAACGUUUAUUAUUUUAUUUUUAUUUAUUAUUUCUUGCUUACUAUUUGGUUGA